AUGAUGCUGCCGGUCUCAAGGUUCAAAGGUCAGCCAGUUGGCAUGGUAACCAACACAAUGCCUUGGAUGUCCAUCAGCAGUGAACCUGCUCCUCCCUGGAUUUGGUUGGCCAGCUGGUCAGCUGCAACAUACCAGGCCACGCCCCCUCUGGUCUUCUACCCUCCAGCCGUGUGGAUACCUGAACACACACACCUGAUCCAGUGGGAGCGUCCAGCUGUUGAAGUGGUUCCUAUAAUCCCUCCAUAUCAUCAUUCUUCACAUCUUCAUCCUCCUCAUCCUUUCCCUAAGCUAGCUGAAAGCUGGAUCUCUCCUGAGGAAGUGGGCGUGUUCCAGAGGAGAGACAAACCCCUCCUCCUUACAAAUCAGAUCAUCCAGAGGCAAGGACACGCCCCCAGGACCCGCCUGCUGCUGUCUCCCACUCAACUCUCAGGUCGAGUUAGAAGAGACAAAACAAAGACAGCAGGAACCAAACCAAAAAGCUCCUCCACCUCCUCCUCCUCAUCUUCCUCGUCCUCCUCCUCCUCCAUACCUCUGCACCUCCUCUCUGUGGGUCCUCUCCAGCUGCCUCUCCGCAUUGCUCCUCCUCCUCCCUCAGGUGGAGCUUACUGUGAGUGGGCGGGGCUUCAUAUACAAAGACACAAGAAGGCAUGGCCUCUGAUUCUUCCCAAUCAACUGCACAGAGGAACCUGGGCACAGCCAAUCAACAGCCUGGAGAGAAAACGGUCUCUGCCCAAACAGCACUUUGUGAACCGACCUGUCUCCCCCUCUUUGCUCUGCAUGGACAGAUGGCCUGUCUUCCCGUUCCAGGUGAUGGAAAUUCCUCCUUCUUUCUUCUCUUCAGAGUUUUCAUCCAGACUCUCUCUGCUGAGCGACUACAGACACAAGAAGCGGGGGAUGGGCGGAUUUAAAGUUUCUGCAGCGUUUCCUCUGAGGACAAAGAGAGCGAUGGACGACAACAAACAGUGUGUGUCUGCAGACAGAGAAGAGGAGGAAGAGGAGGAGGGAGGUGAGAAGGGAAGGAAAGACAAACUUCCUGUCGCCUCCACUCCUGUCCCGGGGUCGCCAUGGUGUGUAGUGUGGACCGGAGACGACCGCAUCUUUUUCUUCAAUCCCACAAUCCACCUGUCUGUGUGGGAAAGACCGGGGGAGCUGAUUGGACAAGACAUCAGCAGCAUCAUCGAGGACCCGCCCCACAAGAGGAAGAGGACGACACCUGAAGAUGGCUGCGGCUGUCAAUCGUCUGAUCUCCAUGGUAACGGUGAAGACGAUGAACAUCAACAUGACUCCAAAAGAAACAGAGUCGAGAAGCAGAUGUCCCUCGUCCCUCAUCCAGGAGAAGUUAAGCUCCUCCCCCUGGAACUCCGAGUGGCUCAUUUCAGAGAGAUGAUGCUGGAGAGAGGGGUGUCAGCAUUCUCCACCUAUGAGAAGGAGCUCCACAAGAUGGUGUUCGACCCUCGAUACCUGCUGCUGACCUCAGAUCAGAGGAAACAGGUGUUUGAUGUGUUUGUGAAGAGCAGGCUGAAGGACGAGUACAAAGAGAAGAAGAAUAAACUGCAGAAAGCGAGAGAAGAGUUCAAACAGCUGCUGGAGGAGGCCAAGAUCACCAGCAGAUCCACCUUCAAGGCGUUCUGUGCUCGUUACCAUGGAGACCAGCGCUUUAACGCCCUCAACAGGAAGAAGGAACAGGAAGUCCUCUUUCAGCAUUACAUCACAUCCUUAAAGAAGCGAGACAAAGAGAACCGAGUCAGACUGAGGAAGAUGAGAUGAGAACCCGUCCCAGGACCUCACAGAUCCUUCCCGAGCAGAACUGAUGGACCUCGACCAGGAACUUCCAAAACCUUCACACACAAAUAAACAAAAAACAACUUUUAAAAACAUUUUCGGGAAGCAUUUAAACUAACCCUCAAGG